AUGCGGAAAUUAGGAGAAGAGAAAGCCGCUGGGAGGCCCUGGGAAAAGGCUGAACGAACUUUGCGCUGUUGUCUCGGAGUUGAAAGAAGAAAAAGAAAAGACCCGAUCUCGCAGCGGCAGCAGCAGCAGCAGGAGCAGCAGCAGCAGGAGCGGCGGGAAAGGCUCAGCAGGUUUCUUUGCUGCUUCGUGUGGACAGGAAAGGAAAUAGCGCUGCGGCCGGAGAAGGAAGGCGGUGCAGCAGGAGGAAACGCCAGCAGCAGCUGA